UUGGUGCAGAGUAGAGUAAUUCCAGCUCUCUUUAAAACAACUUCUCUGCACGGAAUCCGUCCUGCAGUUUGGCACUUGGAGUCCGCGUCCAGCUCUGCUUUAUCCCGGGAUAGUGACGCACGGUUGUCGCUUCUUCCACACCGACACUGACCGGCGGGAUUCCAGCGCUGUGAGGAUUUAUUUCAGGGUGAAGAAAGACAGAAAGAAGAGGGGAUUUACGGAGCAGGGGAGUUCGCCAUCGAGCUCCAGGAGAAACUGUGUAAAAGUGUCGGUGUUUGUGAUUUUUGUUGCUCUUCUCUCCGUGAAUGUGGACCGACACGUUCGCUCUGACUAUGGUUCGUGGAUCGUGUGCGGGAUCUCCACGGUGUUGGGCAGUUGACGGAUUGGCAUAAGAGUUGUGGCUUAAUUGAGUUGGCGACAGCAGGUCACUGAGCAGUGACUGUGUGGAGCCGUCUCUCUUUCUCCAGACGCAUGACUGAGAAUCACUCUCUAAUGCUGCAGGACAGACAGAAAACGGUGAGCACCGGGCGCGCAUGCUGCGCGCACCGUGCACAAACCUCGAGCAUUGCGCGACGAGUUUAAAUCGAUGUGGCAUCUUUGGAGAUCCCCACGGGACCGACAGGACUCAUCCAAAACUGUCUAGGCUGUCGUAUGUUCAAGUCGAAACGCUCAGGUCUCGUACGGCGACUCUGGAGAAGCCGUCUGGUCACCGAGAGCGACGGGCGGGAUGGAAGCAGAAGAGGUGAGGGAGCGCGGAACGGUCCGUGUGGCAGACACUCGGGGAAGCUCCACAGACACGAGCAGCGGUCAGUGGCGCACACUGACGCGGCUCCGGGACUCACAGGAGAGGCUGGAGACGUGACGGAGUGCGCGGAGCGGGGGGAGGAGGCGGAGGAUGACCGCGGUGCCAUGUGCGUCCUGGAGCACAGAGGUUACAGGCCGGGACAGGAGGGCGACAGGAGUACGGUGACGUGUUGUUUGUUUGGGGAAUGGGAUCUCCGACCGCGGAGCCCUUAUUGGGCCCCGAGGAAAGACGGAGGGGGGCCUUGUCAGUGCGCAACGAGGCACGCUGGUCUGGAGGACGAGGUGGCCAUCACUGCUCAUGUGUUUUUGAAAAGGCUCAAGGAGAAAUCUCUAGAGGCUUUAGCCAAGGCUGUCGACGCCAAAGGAGGGUUACCUAGCGAGUGCGUCAUGGUGCCGAGCACCGAGUUGCGGCUCGGGGCUCAUCACGUCUCUCCACAGUUUCUGCUGUGUAAGCUGUACCGCUGGAGCGACCUGCCGGUCUCUGCCCAACUCAAGUCACUGUGCCACUGCCAGAGCUUCGGCGCAGUGGACAGCGCCAAGGUGUGCGGCAACCCCUACCACUACAGCCGCUUAUGUGAGCCAGAAUCACCUCCUCCUCCGUACUCGCUGUCCCGCUCAGAUGAACACAAGCCACUGGACUCAACUCUGUCUUACACUGAAACUGUGCCCCCCCUCCUCUCCAGUCCGCCUCACAUCAUGCCAAGAGACUACACAGACACUGGUACCUCCCUCGGCUCCUCGACCUCUGGCGGACAUCGCUCUCACUGGUGCAGCGUUGCUUACUGGGAGCAGCGCACUCGCGUGGGCCGCCUCUAUCCAGCCUACGAGCCCUCGCUCAGCAUCUUCUAUGACCUACCUCAGGGCACGGGCCUCUGCCUCGGCCAGCUCCACGCCAACGCCUACCACAGUCGCCGCGACGACCCGGGCAGCCACAGCGCGUCGGGCCUCCACGGACAUCCCAUUCACGGAGACGGCGGGAACAGCAGCAGCGGCAGUGGCAGCGGCGGCGUGCAACAGAUACGCAGCAGAAUCGGCUUCGGGAUCGUGUUGAGCCGCGAGCCGGACGGCGUGUGGGUGUACAACCGCAGCCAGCACCCGGUGUUUGUCCACUCGCCCACUCUGGACCCACCCAGUGCUCGGGGGCUGAGCGUGAAGAGGGUGAUGCCCGGCUUCUCCCUCAAAGUGUUUGACUAUGAACGCUCCAGCUGGAUGGCCGAGCAUGACGUGAAGCCGGAGAGCCAGGAGGGGCCCUGGGACCCCCACAGUGUUCGUAUUAGUUUUGCUAAAGGAUGGGGCCCGUGUUACUCCAGACAAUUCAUCACCUCCUGUCCCUGCUGGCUGGAGGUGCUACUCAACAACCACAGAUAGCACACACACACACACACAGGCUACAUCCAUACUACUACAUUUUCAUUCUCUGCCCUGCAGUUGUUUAAUUAGUUUCAGAGAGUCUUACUAAAGCCAAACAAUCAGGGUAAAGUCAAGUAUAUUUUAAUAGACAAACAAUGAAAUGAAAGAACCAAUCAGGAUUGUUUCUGACAAUCCCCCUUUUUAGUUUUAAAACUAAAAUGGAGCUUUUUUUUAACCCUUCUAUGACCAUUUUCGCCGACAGGAUUUGAACUCCUUGACCGUUUGUGAUAUCUAGAAAAUUCCAAAACUAUGGACUAGCGAACGACAGGACGUCCAAUCACAGACAAGAUUCACCAGCGCGUCGCGCGUUUGUGACGUCAGCUUCUCAGUACCAUGACUGUUAAAUGGAUGAGUAACUGCCAGAUAUUGAAAGUGAAAGUUACCUUGGAAAAAGGAGCAGAAGCACUCACUCAUUGAACAUUUUUUGACAAUUCUUCAACCAUGAAAUCAGAAGAAAUCAUUAUCUUGAUGGUCAUAAAAGGGUUAAAAACUCUAAAGAGGAAUGAAUGCCAUUUCAAAGGAAAAUGGGAGUAGUAUAAAUGUAGCCCAACACACACACACACACACACACGAGGUUCCCAGACACAGUAUCCUAAUUGUAAUCUACCUAGAUUUAAUAUAAAAUUUAUAUAUUAUAUAAAAUAUAUUAUACAUGUAAAUACUUGAGUCAUUUUUACAAUGCAAUUAUUUAUGUAUAGUAUAAUGUGUAUAUGGACAAAAUUAAAAGAAGAAAAAAAAAGGAACAAGAAUAUGCACUUUUGAUUCUAUAUAUGCAUUACAGAUUCUCGGGUGUCAUUUUUUGCAGAUGUAAACUGUUGAAAAUCACACACAAAGCUGGGUUGUGUUCUCUCGAUCUGAGGAAUUCCAUCGACAUGUAUGCCAUACACACAUUCUGAAUAAAGUAUUUGUAUUAAAACGUA